AUGAAGUUUGCAACCCCUCAGCCAAUAAGGCAAGCAUUGGAACAGAGAGACAAAACCAAGCAUUGCGCUUACCACAGAGAUUAUGGGCAUACAACUAAUGAUUACAGAUCCCUUAGGCGGCAAGUGGAAAACAUGAUACUGAGAGGUGAAUUGGCAGACUACCUUACAAUAAAGGAGUACAUGAAGCCCCGGGAGGUCAACCCUCGGAAAGUUGAAGCUCAUAAGCUGAGGAGGCUAUCCUUAGUAAACGUUAUUGCUUCUGGAAGCAUCAAUAUUGGGUUCGGCGAUGGAGAUCUAUCUAGAGUUCAACUCCCCCACGAGGAUCCGUUGGUUAUCAAUCUCUUGGUGGCGAAUUGCAUAAUUAAGAGGGUUUUGGUAGACCUAGGGAGUAGUGCCAACAACAUCACAAAGGCGGUCUUUGAGCAGCUAGAGAUCUCGUCAUCAUCAAUUCGGUUUACCUCCAACCCAUUGAUGGGGUUCGAUGGUACAAAGGUGGAUCCCCUUGGGGUGAUUGACUUAUCCGCAACUGCGGCAAAGAGGAUACUGAAGGAAAACUUUGUCUUAACAGAGAUCCACCCUUCCUAUAAUCUUAUUAUGGGAAGAGAGGAUGAGGCCGAAGCGGAAAAGCCUACUGAGGAGUCUCUGGAAGCUGUCGAGAUAAUCCUCGGCGAUCCUCAGAGAAUCACCUACAUGGGUUCUUCCCCCAUAGUCGAAGAAAAAGAAGCAUUAAUUAAUGAGGAAGAUGGUGAGUUGCCCAUAGAGCAGGAGGAAGUACAGCAGACUACUCAGGAGUCUCAGGAUCGGGGCUACAAUCAAGGCAGGGAUCCAGAGUUCCCGCCCCAUAUAAAUGACCUCAUUGCUCGGGCUAUAGAAGCAGGUAUAGCAACUGCACUUCGCAAUCAGCUAUAG